CAACAUCCUACCAAUCAAAAACCCCAAAUCACCCUUUCCCUCUCUCUAAUCCUAACCAAUGAACUCUCUUCUUCUCUUUCUUCUUUUGUUGUCCUCCAUUUCUCUCCAUUCUUGUUCGCACAUCACCCACCUCUUCCAAGCUUGGUGUGAGCAACAUGGCAAAACCUUCUCAUCAGACCAAGAAAAGCAACACAGGCUCAAAGUCUUUCGAGACAACUAUGAUUUUAUUAAACAACACAACGAUAUGCCUAAUUCUUCUUUUACUCUUUCACUUAAUGCCUUUGCUGAUCUCACUCACCAUGAGUUCAAGCUAUCUCGUUUAGGCCUCUCUGCUUCUGCCGUUAAUUUUGACCGGAGAAAUGUUCUAGAAUCUGAUUCCUUAGAUGAUAUUCCUGCUUCAAUAGAUUGGAGAAAGAAAGGAGCAGUGACACAUGUUGAAGAUCAAGGCAGAUGUGGUGCUUGUUGGGCAUUUGCAGCAACUGGAGCUGUAGAAGGUAUAAAUAAGAUUGUGACUGGUUCUCUUGUCAGCCUUUCAGAACAAGAGUUGAUUGAUUGUGAUAAAACUUAUAAUGAUGGCUGUGGGGGUGGACUUAUGGACUAUGCAUAUCAGUUUAUCUUAGAUAACCAUGGAAUUGACACUGAGGAUGACUAUCCAUUUCUAGGCCGGCAAGGGCAAUGCAAGAAGCAAAAGUUGAAAAGGCAUGCUGUGACAAUUGAUGGUUACAAAGAUGUCCCGCCAAAUAAGGAGAAACAGCUACUGCAAGCUGUUGCAGCUCAGCCUGUGAGUGUAGGCAUAUGUGGUAGUGAGAGAGCAUUCCAGUUCUACUCCAAGGGGAUAUUCACUGGUCCAUGUUCAACUUCUCUGGAUCAUGCUGUAUUAAUAGUAGGAUAUGGCUCAAAAAGUGGAGUGGAUUAUUGGAUUGUAAAGAAUUCCUGGGGUACAAAUUGGGGAAUGAACGGUUAUAUUCACAUGCAACGCAACACUGGCAAUUCUCAAGGUCUUUGCGGUAUCAACAUGCUAGCUUCAUACCCGACUAAGACCAGCCCAAAUCCACCUCCCCCACCUUCUCCAGGUCCCACUGUGUGUGAUCUAUUUACUUACUGUUCCCAAGGAGAAACCUGCUGUUGUACGUUGAGAUUGCUUGGAAUAUGCUUUAAGUGGAAAUGUUGCGACUUGGAUUCUGCUGUGUGUUGUAAGGACCAUAUUCUAUGUUGCCCAUCUGAUUAUCCCGUGUGUGACACGGAGAGGAAGCAAUGCUAUAAGCGUGCUGGGAAUGUCACGGGAACGGCAUUUGAGACAAGAGACUCUCCCAGGAAGUUUGGCGGUUGGAACACCUUUAUGGACGCAUGGUUUUUGUAAAGUCACUUCAACCCUGAUUGGUGAAUAAUUCUAUAUGGUGUAGUCUGUAGUUUUAUGCCUUGUUGAAUGCCUGAUCAAACAUGAGGACUGUAGCUAGCUUAAAAUUGAUAUUUUUUGGUCAUAGGUGUGAAAUACUGAAAUUUUCAUGGGAUGGUAUAUUUGUUUCUCUGCAAAUGAAUGAGCUGAGGACUAUCAGUAGAUAUAUAGAAUUGCUGUAAUGUCAUUUUUUCUCCAGAGCAUGUAAGGAUUCUUUACAAGAUAUAAUGCCCUGUCAAUCAGUACGAUUGUGAGU